UUAACAUUAAUUGACUGUACCACUAAGUUCUUACAAAUUAAAAACUAGAGCAUGUAGCAGACUUAUACUAUAUAUAAAUAAAGGUCAGAGCCAAAGAAAGUCAUUAAAGAGCUGUAGAAGGAGCUUUUUUAAACAUACCCAAAUUUUAAAUCUUACUCUUAACAUUGGCUGUAAAGUUGCUGCUUCAUUUUCAAAAUAUUUAAAGUCCGAAAGUUAUUGCCUUUACAUAUUUAAGUGGGAAGUGUGGUGGUUAUUUGGAGCGAAAAUAGGGAGGGGAUUUACCAAUUGAUGGCUGAAAUUGGAUUAAAGUUGAAGGCUUUGACAAGAUAUGUAGUUGGGGUGAUUGGUUUUCUUGUUCUAGCUUUUGCCCUUUUCGCGUCUGCUGAGCAAAUUGGAAAUAGACGCUCUUUGGAUAAAAAUGGAACAGCUGUUGACUUUGAAUCAGGCUACUUUGUUAAGCUAUUCAAUCUUAUGUUACAAAAGGGUAAAAUGCAUUACCAUCAUUUUUGGCCCGAAUUCGAAUUUGGGUGGAGAGUAAUUGUUGGUUCAGUUAUUGGAUUCUUUGCUGCUGCUUUUGGGAGUGUAGGAGGUGUUGGCGGUGGUGGUAUUUUUGUUCCUAUGCUUACUUUGAUCAUUGGGUUUGAUCCCAAAACAUCAACUGCAAUAUCAAAAUGUAUGAUAACUGGUGCAGCAGGGGCAACUGUGUACUACAACCUCAAGCUAAGGCAUCCAACACUUGACCUGCCCAUCAUUGAUUAUGAUCUAGCUCUUCUUUUACAACCAAUGCUGUUGCUAGGGAUCAGUAUUGGAGUUGUUCUCAACACACUUUUUGCUGACUGGAUGGUUACAGUCUUGUUGAUCGUUCUUUUCAUAGUUACAUCAACCAAGUCAUUCUUCAAGGGUGUUGAGACAUGGAAAAAAGAAACUAUAAUUAAAAAGGAGGUCUCUAGACGCUUGACAUCUCGCAAUGCUGGUGCCGAAGAUGCUACAUACAAACUUCUACCUGGAGGUCCAACUAAUGGUGUCAGAGUUAGAAUUGAAGGAUAUAAAACACCAGAGGUCUCUAUUGUUGAGAAUGUGUAUUGGAAGGAUUUCACCAUAAUUCUUACCGUGUGGGUUAUUCUCCUGCUUCUGCAUCUCUUCAAGAAUUAUACACCAACUUGUUCAACAGCAUAUUGGAUACUAAACCUCUUACAGGUUCCUGUUGCUGUAGGAGCUUCUGCAUAUGAAGCAGUUUGCUUGUAUAAGGGAACGAGGAUGGUCAUGUCAAGUGGCGAAGCAGUACUAACCUGGAAAGUGCAUCAGUUGAUUCUUUACUGUUGCUGUGGCAUUUUGGCUGGUAUUGUUGGUGGGCUGCUAGGUCUCGGUGGAGGAUUCAUUUUGGGUCCGUUGUUUCUAGAGCUAGGGAUUCCUCCACAGGUAUCUAGUGCCACUGCUACCUUUGUGAUGAUAUUCUCCUCCUCCAUGUCUGCCAUUCAGUAUUACCUGCUAAAACGCUUUCCAGUACCAUAUGCCCUGUAUUUUGUUGCUGUGGCCACGGUUGCUGCUUUGGUAGGACAGCACGUUGUACGAAAAAUAAUAAGUAUAGUUGGUAGAGCGUCUGUGAUUAUCUUUGUUUUGGCCUUCACAAUCUUUAUCAGCGCACUCACAUUAGGUGGCUUUGGCAUAGCAGACACGAUUAGGAGGAUCAAGGAAGGGCAGUAUAUGGGGUUUGAUAACAUCUGUGCAUAUAGUCCUUAAGUUAGCUUUUGUAUUACCAGUCUCUUUCUGGUUUUCUUGUAACAGGUUUUGACUUUAGGUGAGUCACAUAUGUUACAUUUGGAUGAUUAAAUCUUUGGUAGUCAACAGGAGUUUGGUUUCAAACUUGUUUUACCUUGGCACUUAUCAAAGGAUGGCAACAUGGUUACCUCCAAGCAGGUACUGACAUAUGAUUAAGAAAAAAUUAUCCCACUUAGUGUUAUACCAAAUCAAUAGAUGCAAACAAUGAUUAACUGAUAUUGUGUAUUCUCAUAUUAAUUUCUAACUUUUAUGGUCAAA